CUUCAACGCGCUCGUCUUCCCUUUCAUUUUUGGCUGCGAGAAGAGAGUUGAGAGAGAGAGAGAAACAGAAGCGGAGAGAGAAACAGAAGGGGCAGAGAUAUGGUGUCUCUGAAGCUACAGAAAAGGCUCGCCGCCAGCGUGCUCAAGUGCGGGAGAGGCAAGGUCUGGCUCGAUCCCAAUGAAGGCAACGAAAUCUCCAUGGCCAACUCUCGGCAAAACAUAAGAAAGCUGGUAAAGGACGGUUUCAUCAUCAGGAAACCAACCAAGAUUCACUCGCGAUCUCGCGCACGCCGAAUGAAGGAGGCCAAGAGAAAGGGUCGUCACUCUGGAUAUGGUAAACGCAAGGGUACAAGGGAGGCAAGGUUGCCUACAAAAAUCCUUUGGAUGAGGAGAAUGAGGGUCCUCAGGCGCUUGCUUCGCAAGUAUAGGGAAUCGAAAAAGAUUGACAAGCACAUGUAUCAUGACAUGUACAUGAGGGUGAAGGGUAAUGUUUUCAAGAACAAACGUGUGCUGAUGGAGAGCAUCCACAAAUCGAAGGCCGAGAAGGCUAGAGAGAAGACUUUGUCUGACCAAUUCGAAGCUAAACGUGCAAAGAACAAGGCAAGCAGGGAAAGAAAGAAUGCCAGAAGGGAGGAACGUUUGGCACAGGGACCAGGAGAGAAACUGCCGCCCCCAGCUGCAGCACCUGCAGCCCAACCAACUCAGAAGAAAUCAAAGAAGUGAGGCCUUCAAUGGCAAGCAUCAAGGAUUAAUGACUCCAUCUCAUCUUUGUGUCUCGUUAGUAUUCCAGUCUAGCUGUUUUUUUGACCCUGCGUCUUGUUUUUGGUAUUUUCUUAUUAUAAAACAAUGUUACAUGUGUCUAGAUGAAUUGUGGAUUAUAAUCUUAUUUCUAUGUUCAAAUUCUAGACUAUUAUGUUUAAUUUUGGCUGUUUUCAUUUUAAUGAUUUGUGCUUUUUUGAUGAGCACACUUUUUUUGUUUAAUUUUG